CCUCCCCGUAGUGCGCCGGGAGCGUGAGCCGCGGCGCUCGAACGGUCGCUGUGGAGAACUAUGUUGUUACCGAACAUUCUGCUCACCGGUACUCCAGGGGUUGGAAAAACUACACUAGGCAAAGAACUUGCAUCAAGAUCAGGACUGAAAUACAUUAAUGUGGGUGAUUUAGCUCGAGAAGGACAGUUAUAUAAUGGCUAUGAUGAAGAGUAUGAUUGUCCCAUUUUAGAUGAAGAUAGAGUAGUUGAUGAGUUAGAAAACCAAAUGAGAGAAGGUGGAGCUAUUGUUGAUUACCAUGGUUGUGAUUUCUUCCCUGAACGCUGGUUUCAUAUAGUUUUUGUGUUGAGAACAGAUAACAGUAUAUUGUACAAAAGACUUGAAACAAGGGGUUAUGGUGAGAAGAAACUAAAAGAUAAUAUUCAGUGUGAGAUUUUUCAAGUUCUUUAUGAAGAAGCCAUAGCAUCCUACAAAGAAGAAAUUGUGCAUCAGUUGACCAGCAAUAAACCAGAAGAACUAGAAGAUAACAUAAAUCAGAUCUUGAAAUGGAUUGAGCAGUGGAUCAAAGAUCAUAACACUUGACUGACCACUUCACAGUCACUCUUAUUGAUACCUCUCUGCCCACUUCAUAGAAAUCUCCCACAUAUCAGUCAAUAUUAUUGAAAUCAUGUUGUAGGCCUAGCAGGUGCAUAAUGUAAAGAUUUGUGCCUGUAUCUCUUUUUCUCCAUUUGAAAGCUAAACAAUCUCAAAUAUAAUGAAUAUAAUAUAAAAAGUAAAAAUUGUCAUUUAAUGCUUCAGUUACUAAAUAAUAAAUAUUACCAAAGGGGUAGAUAUCUUUUAUGCUUAUUAUAGAAGAAAAUGCAGAUGAUUUAUUAAAAUAAAAAGUAAAGCA